AUGAAGGAACUUACUAUUGGCUCACAUAUCAGGCAUCGCUCGCAAUCCCUUGAUACUAUUCCUCUCGACAUACUUUUCGAUAUAUUUCAGCUUCUUCCUAUCCAAAGUGUCCUGGCACUACGGCAGACUAGUAAAAGUUUUGAUGCCAUCACCCGUAUGCGCAGUCUCUGGGCUUUUUUUCUGCGGACUCUUGUCCAGCAAAACAUCCCUAUACCUUAUUUCAAUGGGAAAUCCCCUGAGUCUCUGUCAACCUUAGAGCUCGAGCGGUUUACAUGUCGUGCACUUGCUCUUCGCAUCAAUUGGACUAACCCUAAUCCAACUCUGAAGAGAGAAAUUCAUUUUGGGGGGGCAGAGAAACAUUCGAACGUUUUACUAAUGGAGUUUCUCCCUGGCAGAGGAAAUCGUUGGUUAGUUUCUGUCAUGAUCGAGGCAUUCAGAGAAUGUAUCAUCCAGUGCUGGGACCUUACCAUCCUACAACCCGUGUGCAUAGCAAAACGGACGUACAAGAAGGAGGCAUACAAAUGUGUUGUUAUCAAUAAUGAUCCCUCUUCUCCAGCCAUAAUGGCGAUUCAGUCCAAGCCAGAAGUAACGGAAAUACUCACCAUCGAUUUCGAAGAGAAAGACCCUGUGUCAGCGUUCGUUCUGCUGAGUGCCAUUGAUGGACGUAGAAUGAUUCACCUACUCAGCGGGAGCACACUUGUCACCAAGUGUCUAACACGCGACGGAAAAGUGAGCAUAUGGGACAUCAGCGACCAACCUUGUGAGAAAAUCCAGUUGGUGAGCCCUUCACUAUUGCAGCAGUACAGUUGCAAAGCAAUGCAUCUCUGUGACGAUUACCUGAUAAUAUUCUUCAUCCGGACUGUCGAGCUCUACUCGACCAUUCCCCGACCCAACAACAUUGCAACGCCGGGAGUGCCAAUCUCGUAUCCACUCGCACAGCACAGCUUUGACUACCGGAUCAUAGACAAAGUCAAUAUGUCAGAACAAGUUAGCUGGCAUGCUGCGCGCUUGCACCGUCCAUCGCCGAUCAACAUUGUCAUUCGGUUCUGGCCGGUGGACACAUUGCAUCAUUUCAUGCUUGACCCAAAUCCCGCGUAUGUCCCAGGACGGGAAACUUCUCUAAACAACCUUCCAUACUUGGUGCAGCCCACUCUAGUGCAGACGAUAUGCUCUCCAGCGUUGUCAAACCUGAAGUCGCACUUUGCUCUCGGACGAUAUGGUACUAUGCUCUUACUUGACAAGCAUUACCCAGACCUGGCGGACGGGAUGGAUUAUAGCUACUUCCAACAUCAGCGACUUGCAGUACGGAUACUGACAACUACAGGAGGAUCCUCAACUAGCCAGCAUGGCCCACAAGAUUCCAUGGCAUUUCAUGUACGAGGCGGCAGCUAUUGGAACGGGGCAGCAAUUGAUGAGGAGUCUGGGAGAAUUGUGGUCAGUAAUGUAGAUGGUACGAUAACACUCUUCGAAUAUCUUUAA